AUACCAUCUUACCACCUCUGCCCAGAUUUCUCAAUCGCGCCACCACCUGAUGGACCUCUGCAUCUGGGGUCAAUCUUGAAAAGCCUCGACAUUGACGGACUGGCCCCUCUCAACGAAAACUCGCGUAUUGAAGUCCCUGCCCACAUGGUCCUGCCCCGACAAGGGCCAGACAUCAAGACUGGGUUCUCAUGCACAUUGAACCAGAUCAGGUCAACUGAAUUUGGUAUCUGGGCCAAGAUCUUCGGUCUCGACGGGCUUGGGGGCAAACUCGGCUGGCUGCGCAAUCGGGACGCGGGCGAGACCCUGGCAAUCAAGCAACUUAAGACGGUGUACUUCAACCCAACAGAUGAGUAUAUGGCACAGGCUCUCGCCACACCGAAUGUCAAGGCUUUUAUUGAUAAUACCAGGAAGAAGGUGCCAUUGUACAUGAUCACCGGAAUCAAAGUUGCGGCGGGGGCCUCUUUGUCG